GAUCUGGGAGGACUCGAAUCGACGCUUCAAUAUCGAAGUAAACAGUUCAGCAGUGGAAGCAGCCGAAGGACCACGUGAAUCGAUAUCGAACGGUGAUAGAAAAUGCAGAUCAUCCGGGCGUUGAUCGUCGCGGUGCUGACCGUCGCGAGAUUUCUGACCGUUUACUGCGUUGAUUCAGAUCUCACGACCGAUGGAGCUUACCCGAAUGGACUCAACGGAUCCAGCGUAGGAGUAAGCGAUCUGAACCACACAGAGGCCCAGCUGAUCUAUCUGGACAUAAACGAGUGCGACACCGAUAACGGUGGCUGCGGCAAAUUUGUAGAAUGCAUCAACACGAUGGGAUCGUACGAGUGCGGCACGUGUCUACCAGGAUUCCUUGGCGAUAGAACGAGCGGCUGCAAGCCCGAUGGACAGCUUUGCCCCGACGAGGUUACAGUGUGCAAGAGCAACGCUACGUGUGUGAACACAGGCGCCGGAGCUUAUGUCUGCAAGUGCCGUGCCGGAUUGGCGGGAGAUGGCCACGAGUGCGGCGCAGACAGCGAUAAGGAUGACAUACCAGAUGAGAAGCUUCCAUGUACCGCGCCAGAGUGCAACGCGGACAAUUGUUUAAAAGUGCCGAACAGUGGCCAAGAGGACGCCGAUGGCGACGGAAUCGGCGACGCCUGUGAUCCGGACGCCGACAACGACGGCAUACCAAAUGUCAACGACAACUGCCCGUUGUAUGCGAACCCCAGUCAGAAAGACACGGACAACGACGGAAUCGGCGACACUUGCGACAAUGACAUCGACGGCGAUGGCGUACCGAACACCGUUGAUAACUGCCCGUACAACGACAACAAAGGUCAGGAGGACGCCGACGAGGACAUGAUCGGCGACGUAUGCGACAAUUGCCCCAAUAUCAGCAACCCGGAUAACUCGGACAAAGACGAUGACGGAGUGGGCGACGUUUGCGAUAAGGAAUAAUUGUUAUAAAUAACGAAAGACGGCCGAUCGCGCUCCAUGCUUUGCGGUUCUACAGGGUGUCCCAAAAAUGCGUCGUAAUCCGGGAAUGGCGGGUUCCUCGGAUCAUUUGAAGCAACUUCUUC